AUGUUUUCGCCGGACGCUUCCUUUCACGGCGUGCAUGGCACUGUGUCGCGCAACCCCCGGCGCCGGCAACGUCACGACUCUGACAGCGCGAAGAAUCAGCCGGAUCGGAAGCGAAGCAAGAUCUCGGAGACAACCUUACUCGACCCGGAAAGCCCUGCGGUCAACGGCAAUGGCUCGUCAACAUCGAAUGGCCACCCUGUGAGCGGAGACGAGAAGCGGCGGUCAGCAUUGCGACACGAGAUACCAGUGCGCGAAAAGAAGCAUUCGGGAGCGCCUGCAAGAAGCGUCAAAGGCGACGGCAGCCUUACUUUGACCAAGUCUCCCAACUACAGUUUUAGACAGCUCCCCAGCUUGCCCGAAGCUUUGCGCUCGAAUCCCCGCGAAAAUUACCGCGCGUUCGUGUUGCCUUCGACACGCUUUGCCGUAGCAUUCACUCAUGAGCACGCCUACGUCUGGGACUACACUACUCCUGUUCCUACACCCUCCUCGUCACGAACCCUCGCUCUACCGUAUCCUCUAAAGCGAUCCGAGCCUCUGCCUGUAGGCUCUCUUGUGAACACAGGCCCUUCCGGAGACCUGGGUUUGCUCGUAGUUCACCCAACGUCCGGCAGAAUCAAAUUCUGGGAAAAUGUAGACAGCGCAGAGGCUCUCGGCCUCUUCCAGCAGCGUCGUCAAGGCAUCGAGGGCUCUGUAGGCAAUUUGCUCUCCGGAGAGACCGUUGUGGAUAUUGUCGACGCCGACCAUGCGGGUUUCAUAUUGGUCUUCAGCACCGGCCGGGUAGCACAGUUGAGGGUCCGCGAUUCCCAAGGACGCCCGCAAAUAAGCGUGCAGUUUCUACGCAGCCAGUCGCAAAACGGCUCCACAAGCUUCUUUGGAAAUCUUAGCAGCUUCUUUUCCGGAUCCGGGUGGAACAGAGAUGUAGCGGGCGUGAAAGUCCGUUCAUCUCAGCUCAAGGGCCAGUUGGAGGUAGUGGUGGCCACCGGCUCUGGCUCUUUCCAAGUCUGGGAUUUAAACUGGGCUGGCCAGCAUGCUCUCAAGGAAGAAAUCAAUGCCCAGGAGGACAUCGUUGCGUCGUUCCAAACUGGAGUGAUUCCGGAGAUGAGAGGCAACGGCGUGUCCGCCAGAGUACUGGACUUCACCAUUCUAGGCGAACCAAAAACCCAAGGAUCCGACGACAGCCUCCUCGCAGGCACGUCAAGUAUUGGACUAUUAACACUUGUUGCAUUUUCUGCGCCAGCCGGUACCAGCUAUGGACUUGUGGAGGUGGACCUCCUUGGAAGCACAGCCAAGGUGGCAAGGAUGAUAGCUCUUGACACGUUCGCCGGCAACUCGACACAGCAAGGACCAGCAACGGGUAAGCUUCUGGUUCCAUCUCCGGGUCAUACGGCUUUCGCGGUCUUCAGCAAUGCAGUCGUUAUCACGUCCUUGGUUGAGCCCAACGAGUCGCCGGAUACGCAACUAAUGGUGGAUGUUGGGACCGCGCCGAAGCCAUUCCAAGAUGCAGUCUACUUUCGCAAGGAGAAAAAUGUGCGCUUUGUGGGCUACGUAUUGGAAGAGUCGACCCGGAAGACGAAGCAAUCCAGCUGUGUGCUCUUCACUCAAGGCAUUGGAGCCAUCCGCGUGGCAGCGCCUUCACCAACCUUGGAUGAUAAAGAUACCGAGCGCUUGCGCCCCACUGCAAAAAGCCGAAUUUCCCAGGCGGUGUGGUUCGGCAGCGCGUCGGACAGCAUAUUCGACUUUUCGGCCAAGCCUGAAUUGACUUUUCAAAAUGACGAGGUGGAGGCGGCAGCUCUUCAAAUAAGCAAGGAAGUCCUCGACUCAAGCUCGGAAAACAUUCCAGUCGGAUUAGCAUCGCAAUCCCAGCAGCUUGCUAUCAGGGCGGGAGCCUUAGCUAACCUAGCAAGGCAUCUGAAAGAGAACUACCCGCCAUUGUCACGUGUCGCAAAAUGGCAGUUGCUCUGGGAUGCUGAAAAGUUGGCAUCUGCCCAAGGAGUCUGGGACCAUUAUGAGGAUCGUCUGAAGAUAAAGACCCCCACCAAGCCUUUGCUGGAUGAAAUUAUAGACAUGCUCCACGAAAAGCACAAGUCCGAACUAAGACCGGAGCUUGGAGAGCUGGAUCCGGUUCGGCAGUGGUUCGUCAAGGACGUGUCGAAGAUGCAUGUCAUGAUCCCUUGGGCUCAGCUCUCAGUAAGGGAGGUUUACAAGGAAGGAAUCAAGGACUACAGAACGUUGAUUCUGCUGGUCAGCGAGGCUGAUGACAUUUGCCUGAAUGCGCUGGAGAAGGCAUUUAUCUUCCGAAGGGAUCACCUGUUCGAUUACGGCCUGGAAGCAGAAGAGCUCGACUACAACAUCCUUACGACGGGCUACGAAGGAUUGCCCCUGCCUUGGACGUCCAACCCCAACAUUGUCAAUUCAAUCCGGUCGCUCGUGGACUUGGCAAGGGAGAUGGUCUUCCAAAUCUCCGAGGACGAGGGCGAACUACCCUUCUCUAAGAAGGUUGCAGGUGAUAACCCGCGUCUUGUCAAGCUAUGCUGUCAGGUGCACAUGGAGCGCUAUCGCUGGUGCCUUGCACAACCUGACGACAAGACCCGUGCCACCGGCCAAGCUCUCAAGAAAGAGUUCGAGAGUAACAUCCGUUAUGAGCAAGUCACUUCUCUUGCCAAGAUUGGAAUGGCAGAGAGUGGCAUGGUUAUUGCUGAGCGUCUCAAGGACAUGAAGACCCUGGUGAGUCUCGUAUGGGACGAACUCAACUACCUUGGGGAUGAGCGUGAGAACACCGAGAACGAGGAUGAAGAGCGUCAUUUGGAGAUCUCCUUGAAGAAGCUCGAGGCUCGUAUCCGCCACUAUUUCGACAGAUUCGGUCAAGCCUGGGCGGAUGCCCUUUUCUCCAGCCACAUCCACAUGCACAAAUCAGCCAUGAUGAUCGAUAAGAGGGACGUUGACCAAAAACUUCUCACAAAAUUCUUACGGUCACACCCUGCUUUUGCCAAGCUGAGCUGGAUCAACGACGUUCUCGGCGAGGACGACUUCGCUGCUGCCAGCGAAGCUCUCAUGCAUGUUGGCACUAAGCAGGAGACUCGGGAUUGGAGCAAAAAGGUCGAAAUUUCCCUUGCCAAGCUUUCCCUUCUAGCUGCCACGUCUGAUGACAAGGGCGAUGCCAUUGAGAACGCUGAUGCACGGCUCAGUCAUUGCAACAGCGAGCUGCGGCUUCUUGAGCUGCAGGAGAAGGUCUAUAAACACAUCAAGCCGACGAUCGACGGCGCACUCGACGAUGAUUCAGCUAUUGAUCUCGUCAUGAUGGACUACGGAACUCUUUUUGUCAAGGACAGGCCCGCUCUUCAACAGCUGCUGAAGCGCGGUUUCGAGGAAAUCAUUGCUCACCACGCGUUAGACGCCGGCUUGCUCAUCGAUGUCCUCACGCUCAUGGAUCAUGCACAGCACGAGCCAGGCCCUCAGGAUAUCAGCGGCCGCCAGAAUUUCAUGGCUUUCCAGGCCCUGGCUGCCUCACAGGAUGUUAUGGAUCGAGUCACUUGGGAAGGAAGCUUGAAGCUGGCUUGGAAGAGGACAUUCCUCUGCGACGAUUGGGAGGCAAUCAACAACACGGUGCAGCAGGCGGAUGAGCAGGUGCAGCUGGCGCUAGAGAAUACGUUGGUCUUUUGGACUCUCAAGCAGGGUUACCAGACUGGUCUCUGGGACGCUAAUCCCAACCUGCACCUACUCUCUCCCUCGGCGGUGCUCGACGCUGGGUGCCGGGGCGAGGAGCUUCAAUCGCGCUUCCCGUCGGAAGACUUGCGCGAUCCAAUCAUCAAGGACAACAUCAAAGAUGACGACGACCUGCAGGGCUUCUUGUCUGCAUGUCGCCUGGACUUCUGGUAUGCAGAGAUCAAGGAGCUUGCCAAGAGGCGGGCCUUUGACGAUGCGGAGUUGGAUGCGCAGGGGGCAGGGCUCAACUUGCAGGUCGUGCAGGAGGAUAUGGACGUGACCCCGCGUGCUAAGGCGCGGGUCAAUGGGGUGAUGGGCACGGUAGAGGAGGAGCCAGAGGAGGAAGAGGCAGCGACCGUGGAAGACUCGGACGCGGUGCUGCAGUCGGCUGGCGGGUUCGAGGGCGACGACGAGCAGAGCGAGGUCGAGGGUGAAGCGAUGGAGGAGUGA